GACCAAGCGCAGUAAAUGACAGGUGUAAACAUUAUACUAUAUAGCUACCUACAUUUUGCAUUACCGAUGAAAUUUAAGGAGCUAAUAUGCGCGAUAUACUUGGCAUCGAUUUUCUUCAGUCAUUCAGUUGCGGAUGAAUACUUUGAACUAUUUGCCGGGACAAAUGUAUGGGCCAGAACAUCAUUUAGAAUUCGUCGGUUUGUUUCAGUAGAAGAUUGUGCCCGAAGAUGCAUUCAGACAUACGGCUGCACUUCCUUUGUUUACAGCAGAGGCACACGAUUUUGCUACGGCCGCAAGGACGUCAGUAACAAGCAUCGACGUCAUUGGCAUAGAAACAGAAGAUAUGAUUUCUAUAAUCGUCUGACAGGAAGCGAUCGUGAGCAGAUUGAAAAUGUUAUCCCUGAUACUGGAGAAACACAACUAAUUUUUGUAAGACGACAGCAGGCUUUCCAAAGUGACCCCAGCUUUAGGGCACCAGCUCAAGUACAACUUUUCAGCGUACUCGAAGAUGUUAACAAUUUUGAAGCUCGCUAUGUUCCAACAAACCGACCCAUUCCCACAACAACUACAAGACGUAUUGAACCAACAACGACGACCAGACAGUACAGGCCAAGGCGACCGCGUCCUUCGAUUGAGACUACAACCACAAGACGGCCACGACCAACAGUUGCUCGUUCUCGCACGCGACCGACUCCUCGCCUUCGUACACGACCGACAAAGGUAGUCAUCAGAACGCGACCGACUACUGAAUACAUCCGUAUCCCACCCACUGUAACGAGUCGUCGCAGAACGUAUCCCACUACUACUAGACGGACGACAACAACCACAGAGCGAACCCCUCCAGAUGUACGGACCCCUGAACUGAUUUGCAUUGACAAACCUAUUGGAUUAGAAGACGGAACCUUUCCAAUGAAUAGAGUAUCUGCAUCAUCAUCCUAUUGGAGAUUUAAACCGAGCAACUCAGCAUUAAAUUCUGGUAAUGGAUGGAUGGCAUCAACAACAAACAUUGGAGAGUAUCUAGAGAUCGACUUCGGUGAGCCGAAAACUAUUGUCGCUGUUUCAACACAAGGCUCAACGUACUUCUUGUUGAGCGAAUACGUUACUCGAUAUAAACUCAAAUUUUCUUUAAGCGAGAACGGCGAAUUUAAGACUUACGAAGAGCAUGGUCAAGAACGAACCUUUGACGGAAACUCUGAUGCCAACACUGCGGUCAAAAACCAACUGAAGAAUCCAGUCAAUGCCUACAAAAUACAGUUCCAUCCCAUCGCUUUCUUUAACAACAUCAUGAUGCGAGUAGAAGUUUACGAGGCUUGUUGAAUAACGGCAAUUCAUGGUGACACGGUCUAGUGUCUUAGGGACUGUACAUCAUGGAUUAGAAACUAAGUACCUUUAUUAAAGGAUCUUCAUCUCGUAUCUAUUGCAUACUUUGUCGAAUAAAAACAUUAUUGCCGAAUAUGGACUGGAUUGAUUGUGUAAUCUACCCGCUUUUGUAACUUUGAAAAUUGACUUACGAACCCUAAUGAGUUUGCAUCACAUUAAUACAUUUUUCAUUUAUCGUAUUUUUAUUAUCUGACCGUUUUACUUGUUCGUGACGCCAAGUUCCUUAUGAUUAUAUAUAUAUAUCGUAAUCCUCUGGCUGUUUUGAUAUUUUGACACUGAAUUGGAAUGAAUCGAUCAAAAUAAUAAAUACGCUUGAAAU